AUGCGCCCCCGUGCGGUGCUGGCCAGCGAGCUCCCCAGGGGGGAGGAGGACCGGUGGGUCCUGUGCGGUGCUGGCCAGCGAGCUCCCGAGGGGGGAGGAGGACCGGUGGGUCCUGUGCGGUGCUGGCCAGCGAGCUCCCCAGGGGGGAGGAGGACCGGUGGGUCCUGUGCGGUGCUGGCCAGCGAGCUCCCCAGGGGGGAGGAGGACCGGUGGGUCCUGUGCGGUGCUGGCCAGCGAGCUCCCCAGGGGGGAGGAGGGCCGGUGGGUCCCGUGCGGUGCUGGCCAGCGAGCUCCCCAGGGGGGAGGAGGACCGGUGGGUCCUAUGUGGUGCUGGCCAGCGAGAUCCCCAGUGGGGAGGAGGACCGCGAGCUCCCCAGGGGGGAGGAGGAUCGGUGGGUCCUGUGCGUUGCUGGCCAGCGAGCUCCCCAGGGGGGAGGAGGACUGGUGGGCCCUGUGCGGUGCUGGCCAGCGAGCUCCCCAGGGGGGAGGAGGACUGGUGGGCCCUGUGCGGUGCUGGCCAGCGAGCUCCCCAGGGGGGAGGAGGACCGGUGGGUCCCUUUUUGGCUUGUGGGCCAUUUGUAG